UAUUAACCAUUAAAUUGUCUUCUUUCCAGGCAUGUCCCUGGACGAGGGCCGCCAGUCGCAGAGGCCGUACAGAUAUGGCAUGGUGCUGCUAUGCGCCGGCGCACUCAUCAACUGGCUGGGACUAGCGGAGGACUACGCGGAGCCGGUGCGCUACGUGGGCGUCGCCUGCAUCGUUGCUGGGGCGCUGCUCAUCUGCGCCGCCAUGUGCUGCUGGCUUCAGUCGCCGGCACGACAACCCCACAAUGAUAGAGCCUCCCCGGAUACACACCAGAUUGACGAUCCGAUCCACGUGAUUUCGAUGCCGGACGACGAGAGCAUGCAGCAGAAGCCGCCGGACUACGACACGGUGGCGGGCGCGCCGCCGACUUAUGACGACGCCAUCAAACUGAACCCGGCGCGGCUCCUGCCCGCCGGCAGCAGCGCGCGCGCCGACCCGCCGCCGCUCGACAUCGCCGUCAUCCCCGGCCAGCCCGACGACGCGCCGCCCGCCCUGCCCGUGCCCGUCCACCGCGCCCAGGUCCCCAAGACGCCGCCCCCGCCCUACAACCCCACACAUGCCAUCAGGUGAAAGCCCGGCCACGUUACCGUGUACUUCAAAACGACUGCUGUUUCAUGUGAUGAGACUAAUAACUUAACAUUACUUGUAAGGUACUCGUGUACUUGCCGCCGAUGACGGCGUAGCGGUAUUAUAUUGUUAAUCUAUACUACAUAUCCACACAUGAAACGAUUUUAAUUUAAUCUAGUAGAUGGUGAGUUAGACGCGACGUGUACUUAUGUGAUAUUAUGAGAGUUGUAAUAUUAGUUACUUAUUGAACCUGUACAUAAUAAUGUUUUGUAUAAUAAUUUUGUUAGUAAUUGUAGUUUUAAGUUAAAAAUCUCUUCCAAUAAUAAUUGUUCCGAGCUCCAAUGAUGUACAAUAACAAAAUACACAGUUGUAGCAAUGUAUUACUAGAAAUAGUAGCACUGUGCCAUUAUUUGUUAGCGACGCUUGCGGUGUCUUGUCACUGUUAUUGUGGUUCGUAGCAGGCACCUGUGUAAAGAGUAAAAAUGUAAGUACAUUUUUACAUAAAAUAUGAUUAUGAUUUACCUUCCGCCCAUGGAACUGAAACAAUCGACUUGUGUAUAUUACUAUUCCUUUAAAUUAAGUUGCAUAAAGGCUAUCUUUGUACUUCAUCAUUAGUGACGAAAAUUAUACCUUUACUUAUUUGUAUUCCCUUUAAUUACCGCGGUGAGAGCUACGCCUUCAUUAAGGCGAUACAACUAUACUGUUUUAAAUCCGAUCCGUUUUCGAUUCUAGUCUUCGAUUAGCAUCAGUUAACUCAUUUAUGACGUGUUCGAAUAUAAACUUUUAUCGUAGUUUGUAAUUUGUACAUAUUCUGAUUGCACAACUAAAGUUUUCAACCAAAGAUAUACUGUUCAUGCGAAAGAUUAUUAGGAAUAAAUUAAUAAUUAACGAACAUAGUGUAGGUACUGAUAGAUUUUGGUAGGUAGUUAAAACGUCUGAUCAAUGCGUGAUAAAUCUAGUAGAACAUAUCAUUUGAAAUUGUUUAUCUUUUUUAUCUUGUAAUAUUUUCGCUUAUGGAAAACUGACUUUUAUGUUAAUGGAAAACCAUGAAAUGUAAUUUACAUUUGAAACAAUCCAGAACUUUGCUAAAAUCAACAUGUUAACUGCAGUUGAUUUGGAGUGUGCCCACUUACAAACAAACGCAAAUUGUGUCUAUUAUUAAUAUUACAUUAACUAAUUACUACAAACUGGCCUAAAUGUAUUUAGCAAUAACAAAAUGACUGCAAAAUCCUGUGGUGUGCGUAAGAUGAAUUUAUAUUGGGACCAAUACCUAACUUUAAAAUAAUCGUGUGCUUUGCUAACUUGAUAAAACAAACAAACUUAAGUAAUCCGUAAUACGCGUGCCUGCAAUACUUUACUUACUUAUGUAAUUUAAGGUUUUACAAUGCUGAAGUUGUGCAUUUAUUAUUUGUACACUGUACAAAAUAAACCCAAGUUAAAAAUGUACAUACAAAAUAAAUGUUGUUGAGUACA